UUCUAUAGCGGCGUCGCCGUUGGCCUCGGUGCGAUGCUAAUCAACGACACACUGCUGCUGGAGGCGGACACCAGUGGGAAUGGUACGAGUUUGCUCUUCGACAGCGACGACAACGGAAGUGACCUUAUCUUGAAUAGCAGCGUUGGUAAUGCGACCAGCGGCAAUGCGACCGCAAGCGAUGAGGAUUUUGGUGAAUUGCUGCGAAUGGCAACCACAUCGGUUGUGCUGGGCCUGGUGAUACUCAUCACAAUAAUUGGAAACGUUUUUGUAAUUGCUGCCAUCAUAUUGGAACGUAACUUGCAGAAUGUUGCCAAUUAUUUGGUUGCAUCGCUGGCUGUUGCUGAUCUAUUCGUUGCCUGUCUGGUGAUGCCACUGGGCGCCGUCUACGAGAUAAGCCAAGGCUGGAUACUUGGACCGGAGCUCUGCGACAUUUGGACAUCGUGCGAUGUGCUGUGCUGUACAGCUUCUAUAUUGCAUUUAGUUGCCAUAGCGGUCGAUAGAUAUUGGGCGGUGACUAACAUCGACUACAUUCACUCGCGUACAAGUAAGCGUGUCUUUCUUAUGAUAUUUUGUGUUUGGUCGGCGGCAGUUAUAGUGUCGUUAGCGCCACAAUUCGGCUGGAAGGAUCCCGAUUACUUGCAGCGUAUAGAACAACAAAAAUGCAUGGUUUCACAGGAUGUUGCAUAUCAGGUCUUUGCCACAUGUUGCACGUUUUACGUGCCGCUGCUCGUCAUAUUGGUACUUUAUUGGAAAAUCUAUCAAACGGCACGUAAACGCAUACACAGGCGACGGCCACGACCAGCCGAUGUGACUGGCAACAAUAAUCAGCCCGAUUUGUCAGCGCAGAAGAAACGCAAACGUCUCAGGUUACGUAUUGGUAAAUUUGCAACACCUCAUACCGGCGCCGCGGGCCAAACAACACUUGGCUUGGUCGAGGGCAACUCAACUAAUACAGUGAACACUGUAGAGGACACCGAAUUCAGUAGUAGUAACGUGGAUAGCAAAAGUCGGGCGGGCGUCGAAUCAACCACGAUGUUCAGCAAUAAUCCCGAAGAGAUUCCAACCACGUCGACCAGUCAAAUAUCGACUGUAUCCCACCUGGUAGCGUUAGCUAAUCAACAGCAUGCAGCAUGCAAAUCAUCCUCAACUGUACUAGAACAACAACAACAACAACAUAAAGACAGUAGCAAUACAAAUACAACGCAAACCGCUAUUGCCUCAGAUGCGGCAAUAACAACAACAAUAGAAUACAAUAAGUUGCCACCCACAGCAACCACCAAAGUAUGUAUAGUAGCUCCCAAUGACAGUAAUGGCAUUAACUCCACAUCACCUGCGAUAAAUGGUGGCACAACAGCGGUCGCCGUUGCCAAUGGCGCCGCUGAGGUGCUUGAAGAUCCUCAAUUACAACAACAGCUGCACCAAGUGCAGCAACAAGCCGACACAGCAACGUCAGUUGGAGGAAAGACAGUAGCGCCGCCAGCAGCUUGUGCCUCCAAUGCCACCACAAUCACUUCCAUAUCCGCAUUAUCGCCGCAAACACCAACAACCGGCAUCACCGCAGGCAGCGGUGGUGGUGAUGAACAACUGCAUCCACUGGCGCCCACAGCGACGUCAUUGGCUGCCGCAUCCGCCUGCCAGCAGCUAACGCCUACACCCAAGCUGAAAUAUCCACAACCAUUAUCCAGCAUAGCGAAUCCCGUACACAAAGUGACAAAACGCAAGGAGACGUUGGAAGCGAAACGUGAACGGAAAGCGGCCAAAACAUUGGCCAUCAUCACCGGUGCCUUUGUUAUCUGUUGGCUGCCAUUCUUCGUGAUGGCGCUGCUAUUGCCGUUGUGUGAGACGUGCGAGAUUAACGAUGGCAUUGCGUCGGUAUUUCUUUGGCUGGGUUAUUUUAAUUCAACGCUGAAUCCAGUGAUCUACACCAUAUUCAGUCCGGAAUUUCGACAGGCAUUCAAGAGAAUUCUAUUCGGUGGCCACCGUCCCCAGCACUAUCGCAGUGGGAAAAUUUAAGUACAUAAAUACCAGCCGAGAUAGCAACUGGAGAUGUAACAAAUAUGUAAAAAUCGUCGUGAAAACAGCAAAAAAGAAACAGCCACGCUCAACUUGGCAGCAAUCUUAUCUAAAGUCUUAAAGUUUUCAACAGUUUUCCCAGAUAUUCACAAUUACUUUCAACUUACUGCAUGGCAGAACUAUGAAGAAAAUAUAAAUGCAAAUGGCAAUGGUCUUUGUUGCACAAAAAUUUAUAA